UUGAUUUUAGAGAGAGAGAGAAGAACGCAGAAACUUAAAAAAAGAGAGGGCUCCAAAAAAGAAAAUGUCCCAAAAGUUUCACCGAAGCGGGAAGCCCUAUAUCUUCAAAACUUCGUAGUUCAAACUUAUAACCAGAACCUUCAUUUUCGAUUUAUUCGACUUGCAGCAGAAAUCUUUCUCUCUCCCCCUCUCUCUCUUUCCUUAGGGUUAGGGUUUUCAACUGGGGAUUUCUCUCUACUAAGGGGUUUCAGACUUUCAGUUUCGGUCAUUGGGGGGAUUCCAUUGAGGGGUUCGAAUCUCCGAGUUGCUCAACUUCAUUACCCUUUCUUUUAUUAGGUUUUUUGCUUAGAAGCUGAAGUUAUGCCGAGAAUUGUGAAGAGGGAACUCGGAAGCAGUAGUAGAGCCGACAUGGGAGGCCCCAGGAUAGUCAAGCGCGAGCAGGGGAGCAGGGGCCGAGGGGAGAACGGAGAAGCUGAGACGAGCGAUUCGGCUUCGCAGGGCGUCGUGGAACGUAGGGUUCUUAGGUCCCACUACCUGGCCAUGAAGAACCUAAUCAAUGAGGAAAGGGAUGAUAUCUCUAGAGUGGAUUCCGAUAAAUUCAGGAYGAUUAUCAAUCAAGUUGAAAACUUGCAUCAACUAGUUCAGAAACCAAGGGAACAAGUGGCGGAUGCAGAAGCUUUGCUUGAUAUUGCUAGCACACUGGUAACCUCUGUUAAGUCACAUGGCAAUGAAGGUACGACCGCUGCAGAUUUCGUAACUUCUCUGCUUAAUUUUGGCCAACACGGUGGGUUGAGUGCAAACACGGAGGAUGCCCGGAAUUCGGUGGCUUGGGGGGAAGUUGGAAUUGCAGUCUCAGACGUUUUCAGGAGGGUUAAUGGAUGCUGCACCAUGCUUGGGCCUAUGGAUACUGAGGUGAAGCAGCGGAGGGUUGCGGCUCAGCGAAAACGUGUUAGGCCAACUGAAAGUGCUCGCCCAGAAGAGCUUCAUGAUGCAGGAGCAGAAGAGAGAACAGAUACUGAUAUAAACAUGGCAACCAUGUUUGAUAUCUUGAGGAAGAAGAAGAAAGUUGGGCUUGAAAAUCUGGUCUUGAAUAGAAAAUCUUUUGCACAGACAGUGGAGAAUAUUUUUGCUCUGUCAUUUCUUGUUAAAGAUGGGCGAGCAUCAAUUACUGUGGAUGAGAGUGGUCGUCAUCUAGUUUCUCCAAAGAAUGCUCCCAAUGCCAAUGCAGUAGCAUCAGGGGAAGUUUCCUAUAGCCAUUUUGUAUUCAGGUUUGACUUCAGGGAUUGGAAGUUGAUGAUAACUUCUGUGGGGAUUGGUGAAGAACUUAUGCCUCAUAGAAAUCGAACAAACACACCAAGUGAGUCUCAUUUGGAUCAAGCUGUUGGAGACACUCAUGCAGCAACAGCACCUACAACACCAAUCAGAAAAUUGUCUCGGAACCGUGGCUUAGUCAUUCAGGAACAGUCAGUUGUAGAGGAGUCGCCUGAAAGCAAUGAUGCUGAACCAGCUGCCAUUCGAAAGGGUAAGCGUAAGCUUGGUUGAGACUUGAGAGAAUGGGUGAGGAAUACGAUCAGGGUUCUAUUAAGUUUGUAUAGUAAUGAGCUGCAAAACGCGUCUAAUUGUAGUUCUACUUGUGUAUAUAGAUUAAAAGAUUGAUAACUACACCCUAAACCCUUCUACCGAUAGGUUGACUUUGUAAAUGGCAUCUCCGCCGAGGCUCGUCAUCUUUUAUCCUUUUGUUUAGCUCAUGUCGAAUUCCAUGUAAUGGGAGAUGCUGGAAUGGUCUCAUAUCUUCUUUAAUGAUUUUUGUAUUUGUUUCCCUUUGCUAGUCAACUUGAUCUUGUUGGUAUGCAAUGUA